AUGCCUGUGCCACGCCCGCCGCGGACUCCUACGCCGCCUCCUGACGAAGACGCGUCAUUGCCAGUUGGACUUGGAUUUGAGGGCGAGCUGGCCACUGGAAACUUUGGCUUCAAUCCGAACGCGCUGUCUCCAAUGUCUGCAGGAUUCCCAUCCAAGCAAUAUGCGGCUCUAGGUCCCAGCGACUCCGUCUCGCAGAGAGCAACGCCCACCAUCUACACACCCGCGAGCGCAACCUUCCCAUACACACCAGCGAGUGCUGCCACGACUGACACCGAGGCGCCUGGGUCUGACAAUGGCGCCAAUCCAUUCAACUUCCAGCCCGUCGCCUACAUGCCUGGACGGCCACAGCCGAAACAAGCCGAUAUCGGUCGACGACGUGGACACAAGUACAAGCACAGCAGCGUCUCCCACCAAAUAUUCCUUGAGCCCGCACCAAAAGCUCCACUCCAGCUUCCCGCAUCGCUUCCCAUCCCGACGUUUAAAGAGUAUCGGUCGUCCAUGUCAAAGGACCAAAAGCUGCGCCUAGGAUGGUGUUUCUGUCAUUUGGUCGUGGCAGGGCUUGUACAAUGGGGGGCACACGAGUCACUGGCGCUGACAGUUCUUUCUCGACUGAUAUUCUACGAUGCGCUUGGGGCAUUUCUUUGUGUGGCUGUUGAUGUCGGAUCCAACUUCGAGGUCUGGCAACGGUCCAGUAUCCGCCAUCCGUUUGGGUUUGAGCGCCUGGAAGUCAUUGCAGGGUUGGGAAUGUCUGUUGGGCUGCUUUUCAUGGGACUUGAUCUGAUAUCUCACGGUCUCACACAUGCGCUGGAGAACACAGGUGGACAUCAGGCACAUCACGCGGACGCUCACGAGAGAGUGUCUCCUGGCAGCAUCGACCUUGCUGCUCUGAGCGGCAUCAUUACGACUCUCGUCUCGGCGAUUGUGUUGAAGAACCAUGCUCGCAUCGGCAAGGUCAUGAGACUGAGCGCUAUUGCGAAACUGCCUUCGGUGUUGAGCAACCCAUCUCACUUCCUUACUCUGUCCUGCUCGACGCUUCUGCUACUUCUGCCUCUUCUGAGCAUACAAAUGUAUGUCUGGCUGGACCGGUCACUCUCGUUCUCGGUCGCUAUCUGCAUGGUGGGACUGGGCUGGAUUCAGGGGUGGACGUUGGGCAAGAUGUUGUUGAUGUCUUACUCUGGCCCAGGGGUACCCGACGUCAUGUACGACGUCGAAACUGACCCGGCCGUGAGCGCUGUCGAGGAAGCAAAAUUCUGGCAGGUUCAUUACGGAUUGUGUCAAGCAAACUUGAAGCUGCGGGUGCGGAAUCUCGAGGAGGUGGGACGUCUGCGCGAUCGGAUUGGUAGUAUGGUGCGCAAUCGGUUGGGCGGUGGAUACGGCGAUGGAGGGCAGAAGUGGGAGAUCUCUACCCAAAUUACGCUCGAGAAGGACUGA